AGUUGACUGACUCGAUCACCUACCCAUUCCGUCACCUUCAAAAUCCAGCCCCCCUUUCUUCCAACCUUCCUAUAUUCCCCGUCUUUGCUUUCCUUUUUAACUUCACUCUCUUCCUCCCCUUCCUCUUCCCAAAACCCCAACAGCCGAGAGGAAGGGCGCGCUGCUGAUCCUUCUUCUGCUCCCAGAUAUGUCGGAGAUCGUGACCGUCGCAUGGCAGCGCUACCUUCAGCUACUCCAAGCCCAUCCCCUGAGAACUAAGGCCAUCACUUCAGGGGUGUUGGCUGGGUGCAGUGAUGCGAUUGCCCAGUAUAUCUCGGGGAUCAGGAAGCUCCAGUUGAGAAGGUUGCUUCUCAUCGCGCUUUAUGGUUUUCUCCAUUCUGGACCAUUUGGUCACUUCUUUCACAAGCUCAUGGAAAAAAUUUUUGAGGGAAAGAAAGGAAAGGAAACUGUUGCAAAAAAGGUACUGUUGGAACAGCUUACUGCCUCACCUUGGAACAAUAUUCUCUUUAUGGCUUACUAUGGAUUGGUUGUUGAAGGCAGAUCAUUUAGUUUAGUGAGGAGGAAAAUAAGGAAUGAUUACCCAUCUGUCCAGUUGACUGCAUGGAAGUUCUGGCCUGUAGUUGGUUGGAUAAACUAUCAGUAUAUGCCUCUGCAGCUGCGUGUGCUGUUCCAGAGUUUUGUUGCUUCAUGCUGGGCUGUGUUUCUGAAUCUAAAAGCAGCUGCUAAAAGGGAAUGAUGGGAAUAUUAUUCAUUUCCUUAUUGUGCCAGUAGAACCUCUGAACUUUGGGAAUCGCUGUCAUCUGCUUAGACACUAGAAAGCCUUCCUUGCGGCAUUAUUUAGAAGACUUACGCCGGAUGGAAACAUUUAAUAUUGCUUGUUCUUCAGUAAUCCUGCGUGUUAUAUAUUAGAGCAAGUGGCCAUUAUCAUUCUCUGUUUCCUCCAUUUACCAAAUUAGAUGACUCGUUUCUAUGUUAGAAGAAGAUGACUUGGGAAUAAAUUUGUCCAACUUUGCAGCA